AUGCCAGUGACGUCUACGAAUGUGGCUAACAUUCUGGCGGCCUUGACCAACCAUCUCCAGCAACAGAACACUACGUUUACGCAAGAAUUGGCCGAGCAGCUGCAGCAACAACGUGAUGCCCACAUGCAACGAGAAGUUCGCAUCGAGGGCAUUUCAAUGCCGACCUUCUCAGGUCUCCCAGAGGAGUACGUGGAUGAGUUUGUGUUUCGCGCCAAGCUUUUUAUGAGAGGCAAGAACAUCGACUACCACCUGGCGGCCAACCAGCAUCGCGUGGUGGCUAUGCUCGCCGCCAAUGUACGAGCUGGAGCAGCCUCCUGGUAA